AUGCUUAGAACAAUCCAAUUGAGACAAGCUGCUAUGCUUAGAACUGUCUUAUUAAGACAGACAAGAGCCUUUAGAACUACAACUCCAAUUAGAUACAGUGUAAUUGGAGAUGCCUUGCACAAGGUGAACAUGAAAUUGGGGAAGGUAGCUGCUGAAGGCAUUGAAGAGGUUGAAGAAAUCAAUGAAAGUGUUAAAAGUACUGUCAAAGACACGGUUGACAGUACUUCGGAUACUGUUAAGAGUGGUAAAGAAGUUGCUGAAGAUGCUGUGGAGGCAGCCAACUUAAAGCUUGGGAAAAAGGCCGCGGAUGGCAUUGAAGUAGUAGAAGAAUUGAAUGAAAAUGUGAAGGAGACUGUUCAAUCUACAGGUGAAACAAUUAAAGAUACUGCUGCCGGUGCAGUAGAAACAGCUAACUUGAAGCUUGGGAAAAUGGCUGCGGAUGGCAUUGAAAAGGUUGAGGAAUUGAAUGAGAAUGUAAAAGAGACAGCUCAAGCCACUGCACAAGGUGCAAUGGAUGCCACAGGAAAGAAAUUACAAGAAGGUAAAGAGAUGGCUGGAGAAGCUGCUGCAGCUACUGGAGAGAAAUUGAAAGAGGGUAAAGAUAUGGCAAAAGAUGCCGCUCAAUCUACUGCCGAAAAGAGUAAGGAAAUGACCGACGACGCAGUGGAUGCCACAGGAAAGAAAUUGCAAGAAGGAAAAGAGAUGGCUGAGGAUGCGGUAGAUGCCACGGCCGAAAAGGGUAAGGAAAUCGUCGACGGCGCUAAGGACACUGCUGAAGAUGUCAAGCAACAAGCUUCAGACAAAGUACAACAAGGCAAAGAGAAAGUCCAGCAAGCUACUGAAGAGGUUGAAGUAGAUGAAGAACUUCAAGAAGUUGUACGUGAGAACUACGAAGGAUAUUCCAGUCUUCAAGAGAAAGGAGCUCAGGUUGAGAAGGAACAGAACAGACCACCUGAUGGUAUUUAA